CGAGUAGUAAUUUCUGACAAGGACUCUUUCGUCCAACAUUAGAGGAAAAUUUCUUGAGCAUAUAUUCCACGAGAAGAUUGUGAAAUGGAGGUCAUCACACGAAGAUUGGAAGAGUUCACCUCGCGGCCGCCGAGUUUUGAGAGUUCGCCGGAGGCCCUGACUGCGGUCCGGCGGCCCUGGCUACCCGAGCCCGCCGCCGAGCACGAGACGACCGUCCCCUGCCUGAACGGUCCGGUCAGCCCCACAGAGACCAGCAUGGAGAACAGGAAAGGCGGCAUCGAGAGCGCCCUGGCCUGGCUUAGAAAAGAACUGUUGGAGAUGAGGUCACAAGAUCAGGCACUCAUCCAACAGCUCAUGAAGUUGCAUGUCGGGAUACAAGAACUCAAGGCCGAGCAGGACGCAUGCGCACUGUACGACGACCUUGACGAUGAUGAUGAUGACGAGCUGUUCUACGACAGUGACGUAGACACCGACGAUUCGAGUCAUUCGGAUUCCGAAUGUUACCGAAGUUCUUCAAAAUACACGAAAAUCUCGAUCGGGAAGAAGAGUCGGAGGGUCAACCGAAGCUUCUCCGUGUCGUAGAACAGCAAUGACACCACGCGACCAUAACAUGAACUGCAGGGAAAACGGGCUGCAUCGAACUACGGUACCUUCGCGAAGGCUCACGAAGACUGCCGAAGAACUACGAAGACUGCCGAAGUCUGAACAAUGUGUAGAGUCAUAGAAACGAACUCAAGUCGCUGAACGAUAUGACAACCGCCGAAGAUCGCCGAAAGAUGUCGAAACUUCACGAACUUGACAAUGAACUCUUUGUACGAGGAGAGCCGAAAGACAAGGAACAUUUUGCGUAUGUGUGGAUUUUUAUGAUCAAGCAAUUGUAAAAUAAUUAUUAUUUGACAGGUCAAUACGACAUAUUGAUGUACAGGGUGGCGUAAGGUAGACGUAUUAUUUGUACAGCCAUUUGUAUUGUUAUAGAGGGAAUCGGACUGCAUUGGUUUGCUGUAUUCCGGUGAAAUAUUGCCAUCUAGCGGUAAUUUAGCGCAUUGCACAUUUCGACUUGUCCAUGGCUUUGGACACAUCCCGUCAUGCUUCAUUCCAUUGAAUAUCACGUUGGCACAUGCGCACUACACAUGAAGGAUUCUGACAUGGAAAAAUGCAAAUUUUCUUGAUUAAUAUACAGUUUGGAAGCUGUAUUUGAUACAAUCCUCAGUGGGCAUGGUCAUAAUUCAUAUCAUCACUGUUUGAAAUAGAAUUUAGAGCACUGUACUUAAAUAGCAGAAAGUGACGAAGGUCAAAAUACAACGGCCAUAAGACUUAAAAAGGUGAUGGAGCCAAAAUCAGGGGCUUGGGUAGAGGUAUCUUUAUCUGCAACUGAAACGGUUUGAAUGUUUUUUUAAACUGUUUGGAAAAAA